GCAGAAUUGUUGUCGCAAACCAGCUCUAAAGUUUUCCUGACCCCGUUGUUUAGUUUGUUUCUAGCGGGAAAUGACCCCUGCUUUAAUUAAACGCGGUAGGACUGAUUGACUCUCGUUUAUGUGGACUUAGUAUAAGGAUGAAAUGUUCCCAUCAUCAGCUGACAAUUCAGGGAAAUGCUACAGUCAGCCAUUAUUUGGAUCGUUUGCAUCCUCUGAGUCCUUGGAGACCAAAGGCUCUGACAGAUAUGGUGCCUAUGAAUCUUUCGGACUUGGGUCCUUGAACACUGAAGAUGCUGAAAGCGUUUUUGAUAAUUCUAAUAAAGAUUACAGUGACACCUGUUCAUCCACUUGGGGAGCAGACGUCUUGUCAAACUGGGACAGGCCCCUAGUCAUGUCUUCCCAAAGGUCCAGGUCUCCGUUUUUGGACAGCGGCAGAGAGAGUCAGUACUCAACAUCCAACCUCUCCGAUUCCUCCAGCCUGUACUCUCCUUCACACUCUCGGCCAACGCCGAUUGGCUCACGGGGCAGAGACAUGCACCCAUACGUGCAAAGAAACUACAGCGGAAGAGGUGCUGUUGUACCUGAGGCCAAAGGACAAGAUGUAGGGUGCUCUAGUCAGAACCCGUCUAUUUGCAUAGAGAGAUACUACUCAAAAUCAGCUGCUUUGGUGUUUCGAGGGACCAAGAGGAAGAUGAUGGAACCAGUACCUCCUUGCAAGAAGGUUAAAAAAAAGAGGAUAGUAAGAGCAACUCCCAGCAUAAUCAGCAUUGUGGGACCACACAUUUCAAAGGACAGUUGUAUUUCUUCCGAAACCAAGGAAAUAAAUAAAGAGCAUGAGCUUGGUAAGAAAGUUCGAGCCAGAGAGAAGCGCAGAAGACGACGAGAGAAGAAUCAUGAAAAAUAUGGAGAUAAGCACAGGUGGGCUUUUACAUGUGCUUUUUGUAAAUUCCACACAUUUGAAGACAAAGACAUUGAGAAACACUUUGGAAGCACGUAUCACACAGAGACUCUUGACUAUAUACGACGGCAAGCCAAAUUGGAUGACAAGGUCAUCAGUUUUUUGCAUGAUUGCAUGGUUCACAAGUUUCAUAAAACUGCCUCUACCCUACACAAACUUAAGUUUUCCUGUGGACGAAGCAAAGAUGAAUGGGCAAAGAUAAUGGAAGGUGUGACAGAAGAGGACUACAUGAGAAGGAUGGAGGUGGUUUACUGUGCUGCAUGUGACAUUCACAUUCCUGUGGUUUUCAGCUCUGUACAGCAACAUCUUCAUUCACUCACUCACAUCAAGAGCAAAGUGGCUUAUACGGAGCAGUUAAAAAGAGACAGCGUGGUCACAGCUAAAGCAAUAAUAAAUAAUGAUAAUGUGAAGGUGCGCUAUGAGAAGUACAUGAAGGGAGAGGACCCAUUUGCAAUCGAUGCCAGUGACACAAGUUCUGAUUCUCAGGAUCCUGAGAAAUCUGAUGAGGAAGACGAAGAAAAUAGUGACUCAUAAUAAUGGACAAAGGAGUAUUAAAUGGAGAAAAAGAAGCAAGAGGAAAGGACUCUUUCUACUGUACUUUCUUGUUCUAUAACUUCAAAUUCAUUCACAUGACCUUGCAACACAAAAGGCCUUCACAUUGAUCCACACAAGUGUAGGCUA